AAAGAGUAGUUAAGAAGGAAGGUGAGAGAGGGAGGAAAAGUGUGCCUUUGAGAUGCUGUUUUCUAGGAGAGGAAGCAAGGGAGCCCUGCGUCUGCCAUUCUCACUUCUGCUCCUGGCUUUCUGGGAGGCAGGGAGCGGCCAGGUCCACUACUCGGUCCCGGAGGAGGCCAAACACGGCACCUUCGUGGGCCGCAUCGCCCAGGACCUGGGGCUGGAGCUGGCGGAGCUGGUGCCGCGCCGGUUCCGGGUGGCGUCCAAAGAGCGCGGGGACCUUCUGGAGGUGAAUCUGCAGAAUGGCAUUUUGUUUGUGAAUUCUCGGAUCGACCGGGAGGAGCUGUGCGGGCGGAGCUUGGAGUGCAGCCUGCACCUGGAGGUGAUCGUGGACAGGCCGCUGCAGGUUUUCCAUGUGGAGGUGGAGGUGAGGGACAUCAAUGACAACCCGCCAGUCUUUAAGGAGAGAGAACAAAGGAUUUUUAUUUCUGAAUCUAGACUGCUGGGUUCUCAUUUUCCAAUAGAGGGCGCUGCUGAUGAAGAUAUUGGUACUAAUGCUCUUCUAACAUACACCCUCAGUCCCAGUGAUUAUUUCUCUUUGGAUGUACAGACAAGUGAUGAACUGAGUAAGUCCCUUUCUCUUGAACUGAGGAAGUCUUUGGAUAGAGAAGAAACACCAGAACUUCAUUUAUUACUGACAGCCAGAGACGGGGGCAAACCAGAACUGGAAGAUUCAGUUCAGUUACUGAUCACUGUGCUUGACGUUAAUGAUAAUCCUCCAUUGUUUGUCCAGGCCGUGUACAGAGUCCAUUUAUUAGAGACCACGGAAAACGGAACGUUAGUGACCACACUAAAUGCCUCUGAUGCUGACGAUGGUGUAAACGGCGAGAUUAUCUUCUCGUUUGGCACCGAUGUUCCUCUUCACAUUAGAAAACAAUUCAGCAUUGACUCCAGUUCAGGAGAAAUUACGCUAGUUAGCAGACUGGAUCAUGAAGAGCGAAAAUCCUAUGAAAUUCAGGUUAGAGCUGUUGAUAAAGGAAGUCCAUCCAUGUCAAAUCAUUGCAAGGUUUUAGUGAAGGUGCUGGACGUAAAUGAUAAUGCACCGGAAUUAACGAUCACCUCCCUCUCUCUGCCUGUCAGGGAGGACGCUCCGCUGGGCACCGUGAUCGCCCUGAUCAGCGUGUCCGACCGAGACUCAGGAGCCAACGGACAGGUGACCUGCUCCCUGUCGCCGCACGCGCCCUUCAAGCUGGUGUCCACCUUCAAGAAUUACUACUCGCUGGUGCUGGACGGCGCCCUGGACCGCGAGAGCGUGGAGCGCUACGCUGUGGUGGUGACGGCGCGCGACGGCGGGGCGCCCGCGCUGUCGGCCACGGCGAGCGUGCGCGUGGAGGUGGCGGACGUGAACGACAACGCGCCGGCCUUCGCGCAGGCCGAGCACACGGUGUUCGUGAGGGAGAACAACGCGCCCGGCUGCCACAUCUUCACGGUGUCGGCGCGCGACGCGGACGCGGGGGAGAACGCGCGCGUGUCGUACUCGCUGGUGGAGCGGCGCGUGGGCGAGCGCGCGCUGUCGAGCUACGUGUCGGUGCACGCGGAGAGCGGGCGCGUGCACGCGCUGCAGCCGCUGGACCGCGAGGAGCUGGAGCUGCUGACGGUGCAGGUGAGCGCGCGCGACGGGGGCGCGCCGCCGCUGGGCAGCAACGUGACGCUGCAGGUGUUCGUGCUGGACGAGAACGACAACGCGCCCGCGCUGCUGGCGGCCGGCGGCGGCCUCGGCGGCGGCGGCGGCCCGGGCGCGCUCAGCCCCAGCUCGCUGGUGGCGCGCGGCCUGGGCGCCGGCCAGGUGGUGGCCAAGGUGCGCGCGGUGGACGCCGACUCGGGCUACAACGCCUGGCUGUCGUACGAGCUGGCGCCCGAGGCGGGCGCGGCGCGCAGCCCGUUCCGCGUGGGGCUCUACACGGGCGAGGUGAGCACGGCGCGCGCCCUGGACGAGGCGGACGCGGCGCGCCAGCGCCUGCUGGUGCUGGUCAGGGACCACGGCGAGCCGGCGCUCACGGCCACCGCCACGCUGCUGCUGUCGCUGGUGGACGGCGGCCAGGCGCCCAAGGCGUCGUCGCGGGCCGCGGCGGAGGGCGCGGCGGGCGCGCGGGCGGCGCUGGUGGACGUGAACGUCUACCUGAUCGUGGCCAUCUGCGCCGUGUCCAGCCUGCUGGUGCUCACGCUGCUGCUGUACGCGGCGCUGCGCUGCUCGGCGCCGCCCAGCCAGGGCGCGUGCGCGGCGGGCAAGCCGGUGCUGGUGUGCUCCAGCGCGGUGGGCAGCUGGUCCUACUCGCAGCAGAGGAGGCAGAGGUGUGCUCGGGGGAGGGGCCGCCCAAGGCCGACCUCAUGGCCUUCAGCCCCAGUCUACCUCCAGGUUUGAACACAUCGGUAGGAAGUGAACUUUCAGACCCAAAUCCAGACCUUUCUAUAAAUCCACGACAGCCCAAC